UUGCCUAUAUUUGGGAAAGGGACAAAUUACCCGGAUAUGGCGGUGGGGAGGAAUACCUUGCUGUCUUGCUCUCCAGUGGAUUGAAGGAUGAUGCUUAUUGCAUGCAAGACAAGUGUCAAAUGUCCUGCCAUAACAAUCUGAAGCGUGGAUCUUCCCGCAACAGAGCAGUAGAUGCAAACUUCCUUAAUUUUACAGGUUUAGAGGCAGGGCUUCUUCAAUUCCUCAAUAUGGAAGAGAUGAGUGCUGUGGAGGCGAGAGAGAGGUUGAACAAGAAGAAAAUGAAAGUGUUGGUUCCGAUGGACGAGAGUAACGAGAGCUUCUAUGCAUUGAGAUGGGCGAUUGACCACUUCUUCACAACCACUACUCAAUAUGAUUCCGCUGCUCUGAAGCCAGAGGAAGAGGAUGUCACCGUAACCCUAGUCCAUGUCAGGAAACUUUUCCAGCCAUUCAUCUAUCCUGCUGGACCAGCUGUAUAUGCAACUCCAUCGGUGGUUGAUAGUGUGAGGAAAGCGCAGGAACAGGUUGCUGACGACAUACUCUCCCGAGCUCUGCACAUCUGCAAAGAACACAAGAUCAAUGCGGAGACGUUAAUUCUGGAAGGAGAUCCGAAGGGAAAGAUCUGCGAUGCCGCAGAACAACUGCAAGUCGACUGCGUCGUCCUCGGCAGCCGCGGCCUCGGCGCCAUCAAAAGGGCACUGUUGGGAAGCGUUAGCGACUAUUGCGCGCAUUACCUCGCUUGCCCUGUCCUCAUCGUCAAGCCUCCCGCCAAAGCAGAGCACGACUGACGUGGCUAUCCAAGUAUGCCCAAUACGACAUACUAUAUAUAUAUAUAUAUAUAUUAGCUAAUGUAAAUUUUAUGUUUGAUGUAUGUAAACGAAAUAAACUGAAUAAUAAGAUUUAAACAAGUAGUUGUUGCAAAGUAAA